CUUCACCUCUUAGCUCGUCUGCACGGUACAUAAUUAAAGGCGAACGUACAUACUUGAGUCUCGACGUUCGAUGAUUUUACAUAGUACAGUACACAAUAACAUUGAAUACUUUAUUUCCAUCUAGUUUCCAUCUAGCUCCAUCGAAAACCUUAUUCUUAUUUCUAUUUGUACAAUUCAUUUCUCAUUCGAUUCAGUAUUUAGCCGUUCCAUUAUACAUACAUACCUCCCGAUGUAAUCGACUACUACCCUAUUAUCAUCCCAAAUUCUGCCAGAUCGUCAUUACAAACAAUCAAAAAAACAAAUUACACCACCAAACGGGAACUAAUAAGUACAAACACCCGUCAUCCCGGCAGUGAACUGUCAGCUUCACAUCGGUAUCCGAAACGCUCGGUCCCCUCUUUUUUCCAUUGUUUUAUAAAUCUUGGAGAGUUCUUAACCAAUACGAUAUCGUUGAUUCUUACCCAUACGUGGGCAGCUCAGCGAAAUAAGGCGAGGCGCAUGGGAGACCGACAAGAUAGAGAAACCUGUCUCAUCUCACCCGACGCUGCCGGGAAUCCCACCCGGCGGGUGCGCACCUGAUCUCAUCUGUGAUCUGAUCUGGUCUGGUCUCGUCCGGUCUCGUCUGACUUAAUCCAUGAUCCAACCACACAAAACACGAGCACAGCAGCCGCUACUGUACUAGAGAAUAAUGAGUCUCACUAAUCCUCCUUCAGGCGCCUCAGGCCCGGCGUCGGCUUCCGCGAGAAACCAAAACCUGAAGAGGAGCGUACAGGCUGCCUUUGAAGAUCCCAACGACAGAACCGGAAAUGUAGGCUACCAGUCCAAAGUCAGGGUCGUGGAUAAAUACAAGGUAAUUGGUUUCAUCAGCAGUGGGACUUAUGGCCGCGUGUAUAAGGCCAUCGGCCGGCAUGGCCAACCGGGGGAGUUUGCCAUCAAAAAGUUCAAGCCUGAUAAAGAAGGCGAACAAAUCCAGUAUUCGGGCAUCUCCCAAUCAGCCGUGCGUGAAAUGGCACUCUGCUCUGAACUUAAGCACGACAACGUCAUCCGCCUCAUCGAGAUUAUCCUCGAAGAUAAAUGCAUCUUCAUGGUUUUCGAAUACGCCGAACACGACCUAUUACAAAUUAUCCACCACCACACGCAGCAGCCUCGCCAUAGCAUCCCCCCAUCCACCGUGAAGAGUAUCAUGUUCCAGCUCCUGAAUGGAUGUCAGUACUUGCAUAGCAACUGGGUCCUACAUCGUGACCUCAAGCCUGCCAAUAUUAUGGUCACGUCGAGUGGGCAAGUCAAGAUCGGCGACCUAGGGUUAGCCCGGCUCUUCUACAAGCCUUUACACUCACUGUGGAGUGGCGACAAGGUGGUGGUAACUAUAUGGUAUCGCGCACCGGAACUGCUAUUAGGUAGCCGGCACUACACACCAGCAAUUGACAUGUGGGCAGUAGGCUGCAUCUUCGCGGAGUUACUGUCGUUGCGGCCUAUCUUUAAGGGUGAGGAGGCCAAGAUGGACAAGAAGACUGUACCGUUCCAACGCAACCAGAUGCAGAAAAUUGUAGAUAUCAUGGGCUUGCCUACCAAGGAGCGCUGGCCCUACUUACCCAGCAUGCCCGAGUAUAGCAACCUAAGCAUGUUGCAAGCCCCUAUGAUGCACUCAGGUCACCAUCAUCAUCACCAUCACAAAUCAUCCCAUGCAGCAUCGACGAGUCACCUAGAGAAGUGGUACUACACGACCAUUGGGGCGCAUUCAUCUACCUCAUCGCCGUCUUCAAAUACAAGUCUGGCCGCCCUUGGGGCCGAAGGAUACAAACUACUUUCGGGACUUCUUGAGUACGACCCAGAGCGACGGCUUACGGCCGCUCAAGCACUACAGCAUCCAUUCUUCCAGUCUUCUUCCUCUAGCAACGGCAGCGGCGUCGGCGUGAGUGCUAGCUGCUUCGACGGCCUGAAGGUCUUAUACCCGCAGCGUCGUGUCAGCCAAGAUGACAACGACAUUCGCACCGCGAGCCUACCGGGGACUAAACGUUCGGGGUUGCCUGAUGAUAGUAUUGUUAGACCCGUCAAGAGGGUCAAGGAGGGUUAAAUCGUUUCUUUCCCAGUUGCCUCCGAGUUCGUGAAGGUAUCACGUAAAUUGUAUGUGGUUUGAAGGAACUGGGAAUUAGAACAGUGAGAGGGCAUACAUAUAUACUGGGCACCUGAAGCUUUAGUACUUGGGCUUUGGGUAGUUCAAUUUUGAAGCAUGAAUAAGCAGUGGCAUUAUUGGGUUGGCUAUAUGCCUAGGUGUUAGGCAGAUACAUAGAGGCUGGCGUACCGGAUAUUGAUUAAGGACGGGUGGGAAUGUGUCUACUUACAUAUAUAAAGCAGCAUUGUAAGAAGUGACUAUUUACCAGGUCAUUGCCUACCUACCUACCUACGUAUCAACCUCUUGAUACCCCUAGACUUGCCUUACAGCUAUGUACAUGUCCGUAAGACGAAAUGAGUGUUUUAGAUCUUGGGUUAUAAUCCCAUCUCUCGAGCCGGAAAGGGGG